ACAACACAUGUCGUAGCUAUUACUGUUUCCGUUUAGUCUUUAAAGUAUUAACGCGUACAUCCAAGCAUUAUUUUAAUUACAAGUACACCGCAUUAAAAACGCUUCAGCACCGCGGACAGCUCCCCCCUUUACAACAUAUAAAGCAUAACUGUAGCACCAAUGAUUAAUUCACAGAAGCAAAGCGCAAGUGUUUUCAAGCGAUGUUUCUUAUUCCAAAAAUUAAUACGCUAGGGAAGUCAUGUAGAAGGAGAAGAAGGUAAAUUGUGUAUGCUUUUGAAAACUAAAAACGCUACCUAUUGUACCUACUGUACUAUCAGUAGGUAUUUCUGUCACCGAGAGACCAUGGGUAUGUUAUACCUCAAAAAGUUUUUGCAGUUUAAAAUGCCCUAGAUUUUACAUUUAACAAACUUUUAUUUUGGUGAAUUACUUCGUGCAUCAUAAACUAAUGUUGUUCGAAAAACGGUGGUUAUUGUCUAACGAUCUUAAAGUUAUUGUACGUCAGUCUUUAUUUCUUCUUAAAUAUCUCGGAAAAAUGUAUCUUGUCAUUCCUAGUUCUUGUGACUCACAGUCCCUGUAUUAGCAACUUUUUAUCUUUCUGUAGGUUGCCAGUCUUUAGCUCUUGGCUUACGCAGUUACAGGCUGUCUCAUGGGCUAAGGUUUGUCGAGCCCUCCGGGAAAGUAGAGGUGAAAUCUCCUCUUCACAGUAACCUUCUAAAAGCAAUCAUAAAGUCGACCGCAUUUCACUGUCACUUCAAGACGGUCUUUUUACCGGCAAAAUCUGAUAUCGCUUGUAUUUAUGUUGUGCUCAAACGGUGUCGUCCAAUUUACAAGCAGUUUAUGCACCUGCACUGACGUCAAAGGAGCUAUCUUGGAUGUAUAUAAACAUUCUGCAAGGAGCUUUCGAGUCAAAUCGCCAUCAAGCAGGACUUUUCAGAGAUCUGGGUGGUAUAUCUCCAGCCCAAAAGACACUUCUGACAACGUUUAAUAAAGACUUUAUUAUUCAAGAGUCAUCCAGUAUGAAGACAACUCCUCUGGUCCUGUUUAUUGCCACCAUACUCCUCCUAUCACACAUAUCUCCCAGUGUCUGCCGUCCACGUGACAUGAAUGUCUUUGAUGGUCACGGUAUUAAGAGCCAGCUUGAUGAAGUCUUGCUGAAGGCUGGCGACAACGCAGUUUCCUACCUCAUGGGAGAGAAGAUACUGAGGUAUUUGCAAAAGAACCCGAGGUUCCAAAAGAGUCUCGCUCAGUUGCCACCAGACUACUACCAGCUUGUGAGCCCAUUCUCCACAGAGGGCCUGGGUCACCUGGCACGCAUGUUGCCACUCUUGGACAGCGAGCGCUCAGACGACCAGACAGAGAUGUUCAAGCGAUCUGAAGACCCACCAAUCUCCAUCGAUCUCACAUUCCAUCUUCUAAGAAAUAUGAUCGAAAUGGCAAGGAUCCAAAGCCAGAAGGAGCAAGCUGAACUCAACCGCAAAUAUUUAGAUGAGGUUGGCAAGUGAUAGUUGAAAUUGUCAGCAUAGAAAAACAGAAAGGUUCUCACCAGUAAGUGAACAGCCCCUGCACUUCCAGAUCCAUGUCCACAAAGAUUUGUGUUUAUUGGGUAAACCAUAAAAUUCCAUGUCAUUUGUAUUAUUUUAUAUGCUGACCUUUGACAUACCAUCUUUAGAGAGCUGGUUAUUAUGAAAAUUAGUGUGAUACGAUUUUCCAUCUUCAUAUCUGGUCGUGGACAUAUCAUGGAGACACAUACCUGUACUCCAGUUUAAGAAAUGGAAACAUACAUUAUACAUUGCAUUCCACCAAUAAGAACAAAGACUAAGAUCAUGACUGCUGAUAAUAUUCCCAAAAAAACUUAGUUGGAAAAUUUUAGACAGUUAGACAGUCUCAGGCCCCUUGGCAAGGUGUUCAGCCUUGAUGUUUAUGUGAUUGAAAAUGUGAUGAUGAAGUAAGUUUGUUAUUAUUAAUGCAUGCAAUGCUGGGUAAUUUGAGGAAACAUCAGCAAUUACAAUGAUUGCGUAAAAAGGGGGGGCUGGUUAGAUGAAAGUAUUGUUCUUAAGCUUUAAAUCCACCUUACCCCCAUUUGAUUGUAAAGGGCAAAAGUUAAAGUAAAGGGAAAUAAAUGAAUAAAGGAUAAUUGUAUUUCAAAACCACCUCUUUUAUAUUUGUACGUUAUAUUUCUACAAACAUAUUAUGCUUCGUGUAACCUCUUUUUCUUGAAGUGUCUACAGUUUAGCUGGUUUCCAAAAACCUAGCUCCCUAGAACUUUUGACUUUGAUCUCAACAUGUUCAUUUGCAUUGACAAACUCCUUUAUAAGCCUUGGAUUUUAUUUCUUUAAAAUAUAAGAAAUAUUAACAUGCACACAGACUAUGUGUACUUUGUAAAUCAGGCUCUGCGGUUUCUUAGUCUCUCACUUUAGUAUUACAUUACAUGGUCCAAGAAUAUGGUGAAAAUGAAAGAAAAGGUUGGUCUUACAAGUACAGUUAAUUGCGUCACGGACAGCAAUUUUUGCCACUCAGUAGGAGCUUUUCACCUGAAGGAGGUCUGGUGGAAAAAUGCUUAUGUGAUGAAAUGAAAAUGUAAUAAGUAAGCUUAUUAUUAAUGCAUGCAAACUAUCUUGCAUUAUCUACUGUAUAUUGGAAGAAAUGUGCAAAUCGGUGUUGAAGUUCCACUAUUUCAUUGUGAGAAAGGUGGUGAAAAACAGUCUCUGGCUACAAGGACUGCACUCUUUGUUCCUUAGAGUAAAAUCUAUAUGAAACCGUUGCUGAAGGCUAUAAGUGUUUCCAGAAUGAGGAUAAAAACCUUUUUUCUAUAUUUAGAAAAAUCUACAGAUCAUCUCCAUUUGUCUCAGGAUUACAUGUAUUUUUGGAAAUGCAAUUUGAGGCUUAUUCAAGCCUGAUCUUAUUUAUACAAAACACCCACCUUCCUUAGAAUGAAAGGCACUAGUGGGUUUCAUGGAAUAACCAGGUAUAAUGUUUGCCAUUCACAAUGGGAAACUCAUCCAUCUUAUCCUUGAGUUAUGAUGACGAAAUCUAGCACCCACUCUGUUCUUUAUCAAUCCUUCUGUUCCACCUCCAAGAGACAGGUUGUCUGUAUGUCUUUGGGAAUUGAACACGUUUGUAUUGUAUUGGGCAUGGUGCCUGGUGGUGCCUAGGGCUUCAUGGUGAGAAUUUUAUAUUUUUCUUGAACAAAACUAUUUCAGACACCAUCUCCCUUAUACCCAGUGUCAUUACCUUUUCAUUAGACCAAUGCACUUUUCAAAUGUCUUUAAGAAGCAUGCUUGUGAUGAAAAGAAAAACCGUUUGUGAAAUGUUUUACUGAAUCAUAAUAAAUAGAGCAUUCAUAAACAGUUGUUUAGCGGUAAAAAAGCUUUUUGCCAUUUAUAUUUUGUAAUAAAAAAAAUCUGAAACAAAUGUACAUGAACUGUGUCAAGAUCUAUUAAAUUGAGACACUGUAAUAAAGGAAAAUAUUCUGCUUACUUGUCAGGGUAGGUUGAUGUCAUCUAUCUGUCUUAAUCUGUGGAGAAAACCUGCAGUUGCAAGGAUAUAAAGUAAAGAACCUGCUAUACAUGAGUUCUCACAAAUAUAGUUUCACCUCAGCAGAAAUGUCGAAAGGAAGAAGAACAUUACCAGCAACAGCACUCACAAAUAUUCCAAAACAAAAUUAUAUAGUUACAGAACUGUAUCACUGUAUGCGAUUCAAUUGCUAAACUUGGGACCUAUUGUAUUCUUUGUGUAGCUGUGUCACUGUACAUCCAGCACCAGAGCUUUUCCUCAACUAAGGCCAAUUAAUGGUUUAAGGGAAUCGUAAUGGAACAAAUUCAAAGAGCUAAGUUAUAAAUUAUAAUUCAGUAGUUGAUGUCAGAGGGAGUAAUUUUAUGAGAGAUAUUUUUGACACUUUGGCAUUGUGGUGCAGUGCUGGUGCCCUGGGUUUGAAUCUGGACCUGGUGUGCUCUCUGCAGGGAGUUUGUAUGUUUUCUCUAUGUUCAUGGGGGUUUCAGUGAAUGCUCUGGUUUCCUCCAACUGUCCAAGGACACAAUGGUUGUUUAAUUGGCUUCUGGUAAAAUUGGAUUUGGUGUGAGUGCGUUUUUGUGUCUGUAUGUGCCCUGCAAUGAAGUACAGCAUAUUGGCGUCCUGUGGAGGAUGUGUCCAUUGCUAGUAUUUGAUAUACUGGAGUGGCAGUUACUGACAUUACACAACAUUUUUUUCAAACCCUGAUAUUUCUGCAUUGUCUAAGGAGAUUUAAAAUUUA